CUCCCCUCCUUUCCCUCCUCCUCCAUCCAAAAAGAGGAGAAAGGAGGUUGGCUUGUUAACUUUAUGUGCUCGUUUCUCCCGACACGCAGUCAUUCCCCCCUGACUGGGACGCACACUCGGUGGGCUGACACGUUCCUCAGCGGCACGCAGAAGUGGAGGAGCGGCGGCUGGAUGUCAGAGGACCCCUGGGAAGCACCGCAACCACCCCUUAAUGUGAUGAACAAAUAGCACUUUUCUUUGCAUCUUCGGGAUAAACUGACGCGCAGAGGGAGAAAAACACUCUUCAUUCGAUUUUUUUUUGGAAAUUGGGAUUAAUAUCUUAUUUCUAUCCAGGUGUUCACAUCUAAGAUGUUGCCACAUUGCUCCCCUCUGCUGUUGCUGUGCGUGGCCCAGCUGCUCUCCCUCUCCUCUGCUUUGCCCUUCGAGCAGAAAGGCUUCUGGGACUUUGCCUUGGACAGUAUUGACAGUGGUGGGACGAUGAUGGUGAUGAGGGAUCAGGAAGAAGGUUCAGCCAUAGAGGAGAUCCCCCCUCCCGACAUACCCAUGUGCCCCUUCGGCUGCCACUGCCAGCUCAGGGUCGUCCAGUGCUCUGACCUCGGUUUGACGGAUGUGCCAAAGAAUAUUCCUCCAGAGACCAAGCUCCUGGACCUGCAGAACAACCGUAUCACUGAGCUAAAAGAGAAUGACUUUAAAGGCCUUACUAACUUAUAUGCUCUGUCAGUGAGGAAUAACUUGAUCUCUAAAGUCCAUCCCAAAACAUUUGCCCCUAUGAAGCACCUGCAGAAGCUCUACUUUUCAAAGAAUCUGCUGACCACAAUCCCCAAAAACUUGCCUGCCUCCCUGGUUGAGUUGAGGAUCCAUGAGAACCGCAUCAAGAAAGUGGCAGCUGGAACCUUCUCAGGACUGGGCAACAUGCACUGCAUAGAAAUGGGAGCAAACCCCAUCCAGAACAGCGGUUUUGAGCCUGGAGCAUUUAAAGGGCUGAAACUAAAUUAUCUGCGUAUAUCAGAGGCCAAAUUAACUGGGGUGCCAAAAGAUCUCCCAGAGAGUCUCCACGAGCUUCACUUGGACCACAAUCAGAUCCAGGCAGUGGAAUUAGAGGACCUGAGCCGCUACAAAAACAUCUACAGACUGGGACUUGGCUUUAACCAUAUUCGCAACAUAGAGAAUGGCAGCCUGUCAUAUCUACCCAGUCUAAGAGAACUACACCUGGACAACAACCGCCUCACACGUGUUCCCCAAGGCCUUCCAAACAUGAAAUACCUACAAGUGGUGUACCUCCAUUCCAACAACAUCAGCCAGGUGACUGUAGAUGCCUUCUGCCCUCGAGGAUUUGGGAUGAAGAGGACUUUCUACAAUGGCAUCAGCCUCUUUAAUAACCCUGUGAAUUACUGGGAAGUGCAGCCGGCUACAUUCCGCUGUGUCAGCGACCGGUUUGCCAUUCAGUUUGGAAACUACAAAAAGUAAAAAUAAGGAGAUGCUGGGAGAUGGAAAGAGUGAGGGGUGAAAGGUGAUGAAGAGAAGGGGUAAGAGCAAAUAAUUUAAACAACGAGGAAAAACUUGAGUGAUGGUGUUAAGGGAGUUUCAUUAAUUUUAUUAUUGUAUUUGUAGAGAGGAUAAGUGAUGGAGAAGAUGAGCAAAAACUUAUGGAAUAGAAAAAGAAGUGGGGGAAAAAAAAAGAGUACAAUCCCAUGACUUGAAGUGAGUGGACAGCAAAACCACUGCAGCACUGCAUCUGGGUUUUUGCAUAUUUCUAAAUAAACAUUUUGAAAGCUUUACCAUCUGAAACAGAUGAAAAAGAGGAGAAUGUUUUUCCCCGAGCCUACAUCAAUGAAAAACAAAUACUGAAAACUUGUGAAGCAUUUCAUUCAAUUAUUUUCCUUUCACAUUGGUUCUUCUUGUCAUAGAAGUCAUUUUUCUAACACUUUGCUUAAGAUAUGAGUAAACUAUAGGAAAGCAGUGCAUUUUUGUUUUUUUUAUACAUAUAUUAAGGUGCUCUAUGAUUUCCUGUGCGUGUUCAUUUCUUUGAUAUACCCUGUUUCUUUGGUCUAUGAUUAGGCAACAGGUAGUCAAAGAACUGUUGGAAUUUUUUUUUUCUAACAUCAACAGAUGCAAAAUAACACAAAAAAGUACAAAAUUCCCUUUAAGUUUGUUGUGAUUUAAUUGAUUAAAAGAAAGAAAGGUGUCCAAUAAACACACUUUAUCAAAGCUAUUUUCUUAUUGAUUGAUCUCUUAAGUCUAUUCUUUACCUGUAGUUCAUAUUAGAUAUCUGACUGAUACAUUAAUACAGUAUUAAAUGAGAAAUGGAGGCAGUUAGGUCUCCCUCACACAGAAGAAUCACACAUCAGCAUCUCUUUGAGAAAAUGAAGGCAGUGUUUUCAAAGAGUGCUACAAAUAAUAGUAGUGUUGAUGCAUUGUUUUGCACAGGUUUUAUUUUUUUUUUGUUUUGUUACGCUUUAUCUGCUUCAGGGUACAGAAUUUGGAGUUUAGAGGGUGGAAGAUACCUUUAUGACAUUGGUAGAUGUACGUUGAACUAGGUGUUAUGUCUUGUUUCUGUUCUGUAAUCUGACAACCUACUGCUGCAUGUGAAUAAAGACAUUUUUGGCCUGCUG